CACUGCGACAUCGCCCGCGAGUCUUUACCUGCCGGCCCGCCGACCUUCCCUGUGUCUGCACGGCCAUAUGUUCCGCCAGGGUGAAACACACGACAAUUCUCGAGCAACACUUGCGAUGACUCAGCUUGGGUGAAGGAAGAAAUCAUGAAAGAGUUACGCUCCGCCUCGUCUCGCCUGUGUGCGGUGGCAUGCCUGGCCCUCGAGAUCGCCGGCGUCUGUGCGCAGUACGGCCAGGAUCAGGCGGUCCUCAACAGCAACAGCUAUCUGUACAAGGACGCUUGCCCAGACUACGCCCAAUAUGCCAGCUAUCCCCACCGCCCACUGAGCGAUGGGCCUCUUGCCCUUCCGUUUCAGAGACCUGAUCCAAGGUGCCGGACCUUUCAGUCCGACGCCAUCGAGAAGGUCAUUGAGGAUGUCACCUCGCGCAUGAAGAAUCCAGACCUCGCUCGCCUCUUUGAGAAUGCCUUUCCUUCCACAACAGACACCACUGUCAAGUUCCAUACCACUGGCAAAGACGGCCUCGGCGUGGACAACUCAGACACUCUUCCAGAUGCUUGGCAAGGGCCGCACUCGUUUAUCAUCACGGGCGACAUUAUUGCCGAGUGGCUCAGAGAUUCGACGAACCAGCUGUCUCCGUAUCAGGCGCUGGCCAAGAAGGAUCCGGCCAUCUACAGCCUGAUCCUCGGCGCCAUCAACACGCAGUCUGAAUACGUCAUCGAGUCUCCGUACUGCAAUGCCUUUCAGCCGCCUCCCAUCAGCGGCCUGUCGAUCACCCACAAUGGGCAGGACGAUGAUGUGCACCCUGUGUACGAUCCCAAUUUCGUCUUCGAGUGCAAGUACGAGCUCGAUUCGAUUGCCCACUUCCUUGCGCUUGGCAACGACUUCUUCGAGCACACUGGCUCGACUGAGUUCCUCACGGACAGGUGGUUUGCGGCGCUCGACACCGUCCUGGACGUUAUCGAUGAGCAGUCUAUGCCGACAUUUGAUCCCACGUCCGGAAGCUUCCGCAAAAACCAGUACACCUUUCAGCGUAGGACAAACCUGGGAACCGAGACCCUCAAUCUUGCCGGUGUGGGAAACCCCCUGAACGGCGACACAGGCCUUGUCCGGUCAGCCUUUCGUCCCAGCGACGAUGCAACCAUUCUCGGCUUCUUCAUCCCUGCAAACGCCAUGAUGAGCGUUGAGUUGCGCAGAGCCGCCAAGGCUCUGAAGAAAGAUGGCAAGACUGCUAAAGCGGCCGAACUCGUGGCCUUGAGCGAGCGGAUCAGCAAGGGUGUCUGGGAACAUGGCGUUGUGGAACACAAGAAGUUUGGCAAGGUCUUUGCCUACGAAGUGGACGGAUACGGCUCGUCGAUACUGAUGGACGAUGCCAACUACCCGUCUCUUCUCGCGUUGCCCCUGAUGGGCUUCGUCGAGCAGGACGACGAGGUGUAUCAGAACACGCGCAAGAUGCUGCUCGGCAAGGACUCGAAUCCUUAUUAUUUGACGGGUCGGGAUUUCCGUGGUAUUGGAGGCCCCCAUAUCGGUCUGCGCAACGCAUGGCCGAUGAGUCUGCUCAUCCAGGCUCGCACCUCCAACAACGACACUGAGAUCAAAGAGUGCAUUGACCUUGUCCUGUCCUCAUGCAACCUUGGUCUCGUCCACGAGAGUAUCGACGUGAACAACUCGUACUCGUACACACGUAGCUGGUUCGCGUGGGCUAAUGGGGUUUUUGCGGAGACGAUUCUGGAUCUGGCUGCCCGCAAACCAGAGCUGAUAUUUGGGGAUAGCACUCCAUAUACAAUAUGAUGGCAGCGAAGAGGUCACAAGAUGUGGCAUUACAAUACUACUUACAGGAGGAUACAAGGCAUUACUUUUGAGA